AAUAUAUAUAUAUUUUCUAAACACAAGAUUCGGGCACUAAGUAACAUGACAUGUCCAUUAUCACGACCUCCAUCUGUAAGCUAAUAUUUGACGUAUGGCUCUGUGCUAAGGUGUACUGUAUGUCAUACCAAAGUGCAAACCUGUUGCUGAGUGUUGUGAAAUACAAGUUGGUUCAACUUUGGCAGGAAUCUCUUUCAUUGAAACAGCAGUCGGUGAAAUAAGUUUCCUUCCUGCCUUCCAUAGGCUACAUUAGUCGUUGAAUAUGCUGCACUGACGUCUGAUAUAAUGUUUUAAGAUAUGCUGAUAUAGGCCUACUGGGCACCAUUUGGCUGGGAUGUGAUUAGAACCUGUCGUUCCGAGACCGAUAAUACGAUUACACAGUCAUGGCGCAAAGCAUCGGUUGGCAAUGGCUGUGCGGAUUGAACUCUUCGGAUCUGGAUAGAUCAGGAGGCUUCAAUCUAGUCAAUGGACACGAUAACACCUGUUUCGUGGACGCAUUGGACACCAUUCCACACUUGGUGUUUCUCCUCCUCUCCGUUGUCGGCCUAUUCCUGGGAUGCUGCAUAUUCUUCCGGAAGAGUAAUUCGGAGUACCUCAUCCGUUUUCCAGGUCACUCCAUAAGAUGGCCCGUGACCAUCAUUCUUCUUAUCCUUCUCCUAGCCUCAUUAGCGGAAGGCAUCCUGACGGAUGAGACUUACAUCCAGAGUCUGGGCGCCAGUCGGCCACAUCUGUAUGUCCCACCCAUCUGCGCACUUGUCGCUAUCUCCUUCUCUCUUGUCUACUACCAGUACAUGGAGAUAUGGAAAGUCAGUGGCAUGGCCUUCCUCCUGGUCCUCUACUACGCAGCAGCAGCUCUAGGAGAAAUCGGAAGGCUCAUCAACUUACUGGAGCUAGACCAACGGUCGGUUACAAUUACUCGGUUCGACCUGACCAUACUGAAGCUGAUUUGUUUUGUGGUGCUUCUUACGCUGGAACUCAAUGUCAUCCGGUUGAAGGUGUUUUGUCGGUGUCGUCACCGUGACUACGACACACUACCGGAGGACCUCAACUCCCCCGGGCUGCUGUACCGCAAUGACUACGUCAACUUCUUCUCCGAGCUCGUCUUCUGGUGGGUGAAUUGGAUCUUCUUUCUAGGCUACAGGCAGACACUCACCACAGAAGACCUGGGCAGGUUGCCUAAGAAACUCAGCGCUGAGCGGCUCCAGCAGCAAUUCAAGGAGGAGUUCCAAAAAGAGAAGCUAAAAGCUGCGGCCAAGGGUCGUCAGCCCUCGCUGAGUAAAGUCAUCUUCCGUAUCUACGGGCUGAGAAUGGCCUGGGCUGGGAUAAUGAAACUGGCCGGUGAUUUUGCCGGUCUUGUAGGCCCGCUCUGCGUGGCUGGCAUAGUGCUCUACGUCGAAGAUAUUUACAACGAACAUGAGUCGAAAGAAGAGGUUCGCCCCCACUUCAUCGACUUGACUGAGUUUACAGCCAAUGGAUUUGUCCUAAUUGGCGCGACGUUCCUGGCUUCGUCAUUCCAGUUCAUCAUGGUCCACAAGUCGCUCUUCUAUUCCAUACUUUACGGCAUGUGCGUUCGCUCUAGCAUACAGACAAUGGUGUACGAGAAAUCACUGAGUCUGUCAACGUACGCUACGACUGGGGGAGACAUGACAGCGGGUCAGAUCACCAAUCAUAUGUCGACGGAUCCCAUGAACUUGCUGUACAUGUUCCAGUAUUUCCAUUUCUCCUGGACUGUUCCUUUCUUGGUUGCCCUCGUGCUGUAUUUCCUGUACGAGGCUCUAGGCGUGGCCGCGUUGCUAGGAGCUGUGGUCUACGUCAUCGUGAUUCCAUUGCAGUUAGGCAUUGCCAACUAUAUGGCUAUACAUCAGAAGAAAGCAUUGUUCUUUGCAGACGAACGACUGAAGCAUUCAAACGAGAUACUCCAGGGCAUCAAACUCCUGAAAUCCUACGGAUGGGAGCAUCUCUAUCUGAAGGUGGUGGAGAACAUACGCAAUAAUGAGCUUCUGUCGCUACUCAAGAUGAACGUUUGUUAUGGACUUAUUGGGUUUAUAGUUUCUGCGUCUCCCCUAAUUGUAACGGUUUUGACGUUCGGCACGUACACCGCCUUCAGCGGUGAGCCGCUGACCGCGGAUAAAGCCUUCUCUUCCCUGGCGCUCUUCAACAUACUCUCCGGCCCCCUUUUCAUGCUGCCGCUAAUAACGACUGCCAUAGUCAACGGCUAUAUCAGCACAAUGCGGCUCCAGAAAUUCUUCCUUGCUCAGGAGGUGGAGAAGAGUUGCAUGGGAGAAGAUUGGAGGGAGAGAGUGGACGAUGGACGGGGCCCUUAUGAUUACCAACACGAAACCACUGUAGAUGCGACUGAAGAUGGCGUCAUGACAAGUGACGUCGACGAAGCGACGCACAUGCUGCCCAAGAUCAAGGAGUCGAAGAUUAAACGACCCGACGGGUACCAGGCAACCAAUCACACCAAGACUACUAAGAGAAGUCGCUUGCCCAAAUCAGUAGCAAUCAAGAUUACUAACGGCAACUUCACUUGGGAAAAGGGCAGCAGCGUACCCAUCAUCUCAAACAUCAAUGUUGACAUUCCUGCAGGUAAACUGACGAUGGUUAUAGGAUCAGUGGGUAGCGGCAAGUCAUCAUUAGUGUCGGCCAUUCAAGGCGAGAUGACAACCUUAUCAGGAAACGUUCAGUUCAACGAAAGCACACUGUCUGUUGCAUACGGAGCCCAGAAAGCGUGGUUAAUCAACGACACUCUAAAGGGAAAUAUCCUGUUCGGCGAGGAGUUCGACAACAAAAAGUACAAGAAAACCAUCGACGUAUGCGCCCUCAAGCCAGAUAUUGAGAUCCUCCCCGGAGGAGACCAGACUGAGAUUGGAGAGAAGGGAAUCAAUAUGAGCGGAGGACAGAAACAACGAGUCAGCAUCGCUAGGACAGUCUACUCAGGCAGGGACAUCGUCAUACUGGACGACCCACUUUCGGCCCUGGACGUCCACGUGGGAUCGCACGUCUUCCGCAAAGCUAUCGUCGGUAACCUACUGAAAAAGAAACGAACCGUCGUCUUGGUAACGCAUCAACUGCAGUACUUGCAUCAUGCCCACAAGAUCAUUGUCAUGAAAGAUGGUAAGAUUGCCUACCAAGGAACUCUGCAAGACAUCAUCGAUGAGGCACCGGAGCUGUACAGUGAGUACCAACAGGCCGUCAAGACGGCGACGGAGUCAGAGACGGAGGCAGAUGAGAUCAUCAUGACGAUGUCUGACGAGGAGAAGAGAGAAGUCUUCAAGAGGAGACUCAAACGAGAACUGUCAAAAGACUCACAAAGCUCGCAUACAGCCACCAAGCUAAUUGAAGAGGAAGAAGUGGAACGAGGUUCGGUGUCUUACAAGGUGUAUGCCUACUAUUGCCGAGCUAUGACGUGGACCAUGUCGAUUUCCUUCCUUCUGGGAUAUGUAGCCAACGCAGGCUUCACUGUGGGAACCAACUUCUGGCUGGCAGAGUGGUCGACAGCAGGAAUGACAGAUGACAUGAAUGGCAAUUCCACAGACGAUAUGUUAGGGUACUACAUUGCUGGCUAUGCUGGUCUGUCCGUUGGCGGGGUUGUGUCCGUUUUGAUCGCUUCUUUGUUCAUCGUGUUCGGCGCCUACAUCGCCUCGCGUGAUCUGCACAUGAGCAUGCUUCAAAAUAUUACAAGAUGCCCCAUGAGGUUUUUUGACACGACUCCUCUGGGCCGCGUCUUGAAUCGACUUGCCGCUGACACCACUCUUUUGGAUAUGAAACUUUACCAGAGUAUGGAUGCCACGGUUUUCUUUUCUGUUGGUUACGUCAGCGGCCUGGUUGUGAAUUCCAUCAUCCUUCCGAUUUUCCUCAUCUUCGUUGUGCCUAUGAUGGUCAGUUAUUACUUUCUGGCAAAGUUCUAUGUCACAACGUCCAGAUCUCUUCAGAGGCUCGACAGUGUCACCAAGUCGCCUGUAUUCGCACACUUCUCGGAGACUCUCGGUGGAUUGUCUACCAUUCGAGCGUACAGAGACCAGAGCCGUUUUUACGGCAGUCUCCUUCAGAAAGUAAACGUUAACAACACGGCUUUUCUGUACCUCCAAACAACGCACAGAUGGGCUGGUAUGCGAAUGGAACUGAUUGGGGUGAUUGGCAUCCUGGUAGCUGGAGUAGGGACCAUUAUCAGUUCAAUCAAUGGCACCAUUGAUCCCAGUCAAGUUGGGUUGGCAGUGUCCUACACACUGGUGGUUGCUAAUUUCAUGAAUUUUGCCGUCCGCUUCGGUGCUGAGACUGAGAUGCAGAUGAAUGCAAUCGAGCGCAUCAAAGAGUACUCCAGCAUUUCCAAUGAAAACUACAAAGGUACAGAGCCCCCAGAGAGUUGGCCCCAGCGAGGAGAAAUCAAAAUGAAAGGAAUCUUUGUCCGCUACGCUAAGGAACUUGACCCUGUCAUCAAGAAUGUCACAGCCACUUUCAAAUCUGGAGAAAAGGUCGGUAUUUGUGGCCGGACAGGAAGUGGGAAGUCAUCGCUUACCUUGGCACUCUUCAGAAUCAUUGACACUUACAAAGGUUCCAUCCUUAUUGACGACAUUGAUAUCAACACUGUCCCCUUAACUAUCUUGAGGCAGCGCCUGGCCAUUAUCCCCCAGGAUCCUGUCCUGUUUAAUGGCACAAUCAGAUACAAUCUGGAUCCAGAGAACUAUCGAACUGACGAUGAACUGUGGGACAGUCUUGAGAUCUCUCAGCUCAAGGAGACGGUCAGUCAGAUGCCAAAAGGUCUAGAUUCUGAGGUAUCAGAGGGUGGCGAGAAUUUCAGCGUUGGCCAGAGGCAGCUCUUCUGUCUGGCUCGUGCCUUCCUGAGACGGUCUAAGAUUCUCAUCAUGGAUGAGGCUACGGCCUCCAUCGAUAUGGACACGGAUAAGAUUCUUCAGGAAGUUGUUGCCACAGUGUUUGCUGACUGCACCGUCUUAACUAUCGCGCACCGAGUGGCCACCAUCUUGGAUUCCGACUCCAUUCUGACCCUGGCAGACGGAGAGGUCAUCGAGUACGACACACCAGAGAACUUGCUUGCUGAUCAUAAUAGCAUCUUUGCUUCGUUAGUCAACUCCAAUCAGUAACUGAGUUUUAGGGACUAAGUUUUAUUAUAAAUAUUAACCCUAAAUUAAUCAUCUGGAGUCUGCGCUCUAAACUUGCAGCGGCUUCUUUUGGACUCCUGGUUGUACGUCAAACUUCUCUUGGUUUGGUCGAUAAUAUUUAUUUACGGGCGUAUAUACAAAAGUAGUGUGUCCUUCCACGGGAAGAGUCACUGUAAGGAGCAAACACUACCUAAUGGUUCCUAUUCCCCUAUCUGGACACAUAUGGCAUAAAAAUGGCGACUGGAACUGUAGAGUAGACGACCAUAACACUGCCAAGUCUCUACACAGCGAAGGAGUGGGGUGGUGAAAGCAUGUGCUCCUGGUUUAUAUACCGACGCGUAGAAUGGAAUGCCCUGCCCUGCCCAGUCCAAAGAACUGAACACAAUGGGCAAUAGAACUCAAAAAUGCCUUGGCCUAUAGGGCAGAACUCAGAACAAAAAAGGACUUAACUGACUUUUAUUUCUUCGGCCAGGACUGCAUAUAAUAUAUACAGCUGCUGUAGGAAUUUCACUACAAACUUGCUUGCUCAUCAUAAUAGUAUCUUUGCUUCGUUUAUAGUAAACUCCAAUCAGUAACUGAGCACAGUUGCGGUUUAGUCAUUUUAGU